AUGCAUUCCUCCGGCCUCGUUGGUUUGGUCGCUCUACUGGGGAGCGCACUUGGUGCGUCGGCCUUCAAUCUCCAGAAAAACAGCAGUACCUUGGCUACACUGCAGAGACAUGCUCUCGCAGCUCUCAAGGCCGCUGAGGGCAACUCGACAAGCCCGGGUGGCUGCAGUGUCUCCAAUGCUGCAGUGCGCAAAGACUGGGUUGCUCUCAGUGCGGACGAGAAGAGGGAGUAUAUCAGCGCGGUGCAGUGUCUGCUGAACUCGCCAUCCAAGUCCGACCCGACAUUUGCUCCAGGAGCAAGAAGUAGAUACGACGACUUUGUUGCCGUCCACAUCAACCAGACGCUCUCGAUCCAUGGAACUGGCAACUUCCUCACCUGGCACCGAUACGUCACUUAUGCCUACGAGACAGCACUUCGGGAAGAAUGUGGUUACCAGGGCUACCAACCAUACUGGAACUGGUUCGACUAUACCGACGAUCUGACCAAAUCACCCCUAUUUGACGGCAGCGACACAAGCAUGAGUGGUGAUGGAGCAUAUUUCGCCCAUAACGGGAGUGUUUCUGGGUCUGGGAACAUCUUUCUUCCCUCCGGAAACGGCGGUGGAUGCGUCAAGAACGGUCCUUUCGUCAAUAUGACUGUCAAUCUCGGCCCCGUGUUUCCAGGCAUGAACGGCCUUCCGGCGAGCAACAGCUCAGAUGGCCCGCUGGGCUAUAACCCGCGCUGCCUCCGCAGGGACCUCACAAGUUACACUGCUUCAACGUGGUUCACACCCGAGAACCUGCUCAACGUCACUGUCGGAGAUGCUUCCGGCAGCAUCGAGCUCUUCCAGAACGAGCUGCAAGGUCGCUUCGGAGAUCAAUUCCUGGGUAUGCAUGCCAGCGGACACAUGGCCGUUGGUGGCGAGGCGUCUGAUUUGUUUUCCUCGAUCAACGACCCUAGCUUCUGGUUCCACCAUGCUAUGGUUGACUACACAUACUGGCUAUGGCAAGCUCUACACCUCGACCAAGCCGACACGAUUGCAGGCACCAUCACUAUUUUGAAUCAGCCCCCUAGUCGGAACACAACCACAGCGGAUGUCAUUGACCUGGGUGUGAACGCCCCGAGCGUCGUCAUCGACGAGGUGCUUAAUACUCUUGGAGGAAGUCCUUUGUGUUAUGUGUAUGAGUAG